AUGUGCGGCGUCGACACCAAAAUGGCACAAACCAAAGCCCUGAUAUUGGUCGGCGGUUACGGCACCCGUCUGCGACCACUCACGCUCAGCCGGCCGAAGCCGCUCGUCGAGUUUGCCAACAAGCCGAUGAUACUCCAUCAGAUCGAAGCCCUGGUCACAGUCGGUGUGCGAGAGGUUAUAUUGGCUGUUUCGUACCGUGCCGAACAGAUGGAAAAAGAGAUGAGUGAUGAAGCCAAGAAACUUGGUGUUCAACUAGUUUUUUCACAUGAAUCUGAACCCCUUGGCACGGCUGGACCUUUAGCUCUAGCCAAACAUUUGUUGGCCAAUGAACAAAACCAGCCAUUUUUUGUUUUAAACUCUGAUAUUAUUUGUGAGUAUCCAUUUAAAGACUUGAUUGCGUUCCAUAAAUCGCAUGGUCGUGAAGGUACAAUUGUGGUAACUAAGGUUGAAGAGCCAUCCAAGUAUGGUGUUGUGAUGUAUGAUGAAGACACUGGUCGCAUAGAAAGUUUCAUUGAAAAACCACAAGAGUUUGUCUCUAACAAAAUCAAUGCAGGCAUUUACAUUCUAAAUCCGUCUGUGUUGGAUAGAAUUAAGUUGGAGCCAACAAGUAUUGAAAAAGAAGUGUUUCCGUUUAUGGCCCAAGACGGUCAGUUAUAUGCGUUUAACUUAAAAGGAUUCUGGAUGGAUGUAGGACAACCAAAAGAUUUCCUAACUGGAAUGUGCAUGUACUUGACAUCAUUAAAGACACGUAGUCCAACUUCAUUGUAUUCUGCUGAUGGUGUCGUUGGUAAUGUUCUAGUUGAUCCAACUGCAACUAUAGGUGAAGGUUGUAAAAUUGGUCCUAAUGUUACUAUUGGUCCAAAUGUAACUGUUGAAGAUGGUGCUUGCUUAAGAAGGUGUACCAUACUAGCAGGGGCCACAGUUAAAUCACAUACGUGGUUGGAUUCUUGCAUAAUUGGUUGGCGUUCAGUAGUUGGAUGUUGGGUGCGUAUGGAAAAUACUACCGUACUUGGAGAAGAUGUUAUUGUUAAAGAUGAACUGUACAUUAACGGUGGACAGGUUUUACCACACAAAUCAAUCAGUACUUCAGUACCUGAUCCUCAAAUUAUUAUGUGA